CAGCCUCGCGGCAGUACCGCGGCAGCACAGCGGCACGACCUCGCCUGCUCCUUCUUCAUUGUCUUCCCCUUCCCGUGCGUCCUCCCGUCUCUCUCUUUUUAUGCUCCUCGCUGCCCAUGGCGGGCCUGCAACGAGGUCUCUCUGGGGUACCUUUGUUGCUCCGCCUCAUGCUGCAGCAGUAUGCACACCUCCCGCCAGCCAAUUUAUUUCCUGGCUCGCAUGUCUAGAGUUCCUGCGUGCCUGUGCAGCGCCUGUGCAGCGUCUGGCGAAAGAAUGCCAUAAGUGUACGGCUUGCCAUUGCCGUCAUGAGCGGGCCGGCCCGGCGCGCCGGGUCCGGCACCGCCGGCCAGAAAUACCCUCUCCGCGGAGGAUUGCGCCAGAAAGAUCGGCAUACAUUUCCGUAGGCAACGCCAGAUCCUUGUGCUGUAAUUAGAAACUUUGCCUGCCCUCUGGAACCGGCGACAUUUGCUGCAAGGAUCUGCCCGGCAGGGUUGCCCGGCAAAUUCCGGUUUGGGACAGCUUGCCCGCACGCCCACUUAAGCGGCCAGAUCGUCGUCCCUAGCAGGGAUUCUAAGCAGGCCUCUCCU